AUGAGGCAAGUGAAUGAUACUUCGGACGGAGGCACAUUUUCUUCCUCAACCUUUUCACUUAUACUUUGGAAGCUUGCAAAGACGUCUGUUAUAGCUGGUGCCUCCGUGGCUGCAAUAGGGCUGGCAGCACUUUAUGUGUUUCAAUCCAAGGUUGUUUAUCCAGCUGGAUUGAACGGAAGCCGUGAUAAGGUUAGCACACCUGAUGAAUACGGACUUCCGUACCAAUCUGUGGAUAUUCAUACAGAUGAUGGUGAAACGCUCAAAUCUUAUCUUUUACUUCACGAUUCAACCAGUCCCGACUACUCCAACAAAACAAUACUUGUUCUUAGUCCCAAUGCAGGAAAUAUAGGUAACUUUCUUCCCGUGGUGAAAUACAUAUACGAAGUGCUGAAUUACAACGUGUUUAUCUAUUCCUACAGAGGGUACGGACAUUCGACGGGCACUCCCAGCGAAAAAGGUCUCAAAUUAGAUGCUGACGCUGUGAUUAAAUACAUUGAACAGUCAGAACAACUUUCAAGAUCAUCAGUAGUGUGCUACGGACGUUCAAUUGGUGGUGCAGUUGCCAUAUAUAUAGUCGCAAAGUAUCCAACAAUCAUUUCCGGGUUAAUUCUAGACAACACGUUUCUAAGCAUUAGAAAAGUCAUUCCUUAUCUUUUCCCCUUCCUUCGUCCAUUUACAUUUUUGUGCCAUGAAAUCUGGCCUUCGGAAGACUACAUGAAGACCAUUCCGGCUGGAAUACCGGUUCUUUUCCUUAGUGCGGGGAAAGAUGAGAUUGUUCCACCAUCUCAUAUGCAAACACUCUAUGACAUAAGUAAGUCAUCCAGCAAAACAUGGAAAAAAUAUAAGAAUGCACAUCAUAAUGACACGAUUACAUUUCCGAAAUAUUGGGAAGAUUUUGCAGAAUUUAUGACGCAACAGGUUACGCCUAUCGGGAAAUAA